AGGAGUUUUUUUUAAACUUUUUAACAAUUUCGUGAUUAAAAUAAAGGUGAUAAGAGCAUAUUCUCGGUCCUGGAAGGCCCAGCAAGGCCUGGAUUCAAUAACCGGAGGAAAAUCCUCACUGAAGAAGAAGCAGCCCUCGACAUCCCUUUCGAAUUAGCAUGGACUUGGUGGACAUCGAUAAGGUGCUGGAUGAUCUGGAAUUGAACGAGGACGAUGGCCGUACCAGCGGAGGAUUAAGCGGCGAACCAGCAACCCACAGAGAGCAAAUCAAACUUCGUGAUCCUGAACCGACGUUGGCGGCGACGGCGGCGGCAGUGCCCGCGACAGCAUCGAUUUCGAAACAGAAGGCCAAAGCGAACGUCGUGAACGUAGCGAAUGUGUUUUCCAGUCUGAACGACUACGUUAACGCCGGGGGAACGGAUCUAAGUAGUAAGGUCAGCGAAAAGCAGGAAUUGAGUAUACCGGCCGAUCGGAAACCACUGCUUACCCCACCGUCGAACUCGUCCGUCUCUUCCGAUUUGAAAACAUCUUCAAUCGCCGGAACCACCUCAUCGAUUGCCAACUCUCCGCAGACAGAAACAUCUCCCGCUUCAUCGCCCGAUUCAUCCGCUACAUCCUGUUCCUCGCGAGCGGUCUCAUCGUCACGUUCGUCCUCCCCACCGUCGUCUUCAUCGUCCUCCUCAGCCUCGACAAGCGAUGGUGAAGAACAGCCAGAAGGUGGUGCGGUUCAGGCCGCCCAGUCCGGGCCGGCGCAUGAGAAGUUACCGGAAGAGAUUUCCUCGUUGAGCGAGGAGAACUAUGUACUCGAUUCAUCUUCGAUCACGACGCUCGCGACUACGAAUGAAGGCGCACGAAAGGCAGGACCGCAGACCGAUCCUCAGGACACAUCCGCCUUUUCCUACAAAAACAGCCUCUACUCCGACACACUCAGUAACGAUGUGAUAAAUCUGGAAGGAAUCUCAUCCAUCUCCUCGAUCGUAGCUGUCGAUCUGACGCGCAGUGGGCUAGGCCAUGGGGCCGGUGCAGCAGCAGCUGCUGCUGCUGCCGGUGGCACAGGUGCAAUAGGCCGCGAUAAGCCGCUAGCCGAGACUGGUGGAGCUCCGGUGGCCAAAGAUGAAAUUGAAACCGAACCCAGAACAACGGAGGCCAACGAGAACGGUGGCAGUAAAGGGAAUGAGGAUGCGGCCGAACUAGCCAAACGCGCGGCCGUAGGAUUUGAAUCGACAAUGGACGAUGUCUCCGAUACCGAGCUGGAAAGCUAUCUGCAGGAGUUGGAAGAGUACGAUUUUCGCAGUGUGAACGCGGUGGAAACGUUGGCACCUCCUAAACCGGAACAGGCGGAGCUGCCGAGUCCGAUGGCCGACGAAGCAGCGGCGGUGAUCACGACGAAGAAACAGGAAGAUCCCGUGGAUGAAGCGAGUAUUGAUAGUCGCAGUGAAGAUUCGGAAAUCAGUCCAAGUUCGUCGCGUGGCGACAACGAGGAUGACUUGAUUUCUCAAGCUUCGACACUCGAGUUUAACGAUCUGGCAAUGGCUGCUGCAGCGGCAGCAUCUGCUGCAGCUGUUGCCGCGGCGAAUGUGGCCGGUUCUUCAGCGGAUCCGCACGAAGGUGCGCAACUAAGCACCGAUGUGGUUUCGGUUCCAGUCGAUACGGAGGAAGCCGGUGACUUUCCAUUGGAUGAAGAUGGAAGCGAAAUACGGUUUAUCGAUUGUACGGAGACGGAAUCGGAACGUCGUUCGAUUGGAGCCGAGGAUGAAGAAGCGAUACGGAGAGCAUCUCGUCCGGAACGACCCACAUCACUGGAGCUGGCCAAUGCGCUUACAUCCGCCGAGGGUGCAGCGACAGCUCCAGCAACUACCACCGAUCACGAACAAAUGAACAGGACCUCAUCUCCCGGACACACACCACCGUCAACUCACGGAAUCGAUACCGAUCUCGGGCUAACGUUGUCAUCCACCAGCUCCGAUGACUUUGUGGCUUCGCUAGGAACGACGGAACAUCAGCAGCUCCAAGCGGAACAGCAACUGCAAGAUGCCGAUUUCGCAUCACGAAUGGCCGCAGCCGAUCCAAUUCAAUCGCCCCUGACGAUAACGGCACCACCGACACUCGUGCCGCUACUCAGUGCCACUCAGGCCCAGUUGGGCAAAGUGCAGCCGUUCUGGGUACCGGACAAUGCCACCAAGUUCUGCAUGCAGUGCAAUCAAAAGUUCUCGGUGAUCAAACGUCGACAUCACUGCCGGGCCUGUGGUCAGCUGCUUUGUUCUGCCUGCUGCUGUCUGAAAGCGAAACUCGCAUAUCUUGGAGACGCCGAAGGACGUAUCUGCCAGGAGUGCGACGUGAUACUGAGCAUCCAGCAGCAGCAAGCACUAGAAGCAGGUCAGAUCGCUGGAAUCGAUGGUGCUGGUGGUAGUGGUGCGGCAGGCUUGGGUGCUGCAGGUGCCACAGGCCACAGGCAACCGAAUCCGAACAAUCCCAUGGAAUACUGUUCCGUAAUACCGCCGCUGCAACAGGCGGCGGCCACGAGCCAACCGCAAUCACCGAUCUCCGUAAUGGUACCGGUGGGUGUGCUGAAGCGUGCCGGAGGUCCACGCAACCUGCGCAAAGAUAAGAACGUCAUCUUUAGCGAUGGCAUUCGGCCUGGCUGUGAUCUGACGGAGCUCGAUCAGAACUGGGAUGCGGUGCCGGUGCGCACCGUCUCUCCGGAGCCACAGAACCGUAAAUCGAAUCGUGUGCAGACACCAACGGGAUCCGAGGACGGUGCGGUAGGGGCUGGCAGUGGGUCCGGCAGUACCAGCGGUAGCCCGUCCCUUAACAAAUCGCUCAUUCCACCGGAGGAUCAUAAACUGCCACCGGUUCUCAAGCGAAUUAGUCCCACGGAGAGCAAACUGGUGGACAUUGAUAAUGAUGCAUCGCUGGUCGAGGGUCUACGGGAGGUGAUGUUAACGUUUGCGGUGCAAAAGAACUUCCACGUGUACGUAACGAUCGUGGAGCUGUCCUGCUGCAUCAACCGAACGGUGAUCAAUUUCACCACUCGCGGUCUGCAGUACGUGGGUCAGGAUGAGGUGGUCAUUCUGCUCGAGCUCGGUGACUCGAAAACCCUACCAAAGGACAUCUUUGUGCAUCUGAACGAGCUGUACUGUGAGGCGGAUCGGGGCAAUAUUAUCACGGAACUGGGCUUCUCACCGGCACGUACCAACAACUUCCUGGGUUCGAAGAACCACGGAGGAUUUCUGUACGUCCGACCGACGUACCAGUGCAUGAAGGAGCUGAUCCUCCCGGAUGCACCGUACCUGAUCGGUGUUCUUAUCCAUCGCUGGGAGGUACCAUGGGCAAAGAUACUUCCGCUGCGGCUUAUGCUCCGUCUCGGUGCACUCUACCGUUACUAUCCGUCACCGCACGUAAGCGUACGGGAGCGCGAAUCGGUGUACGUGGAGAUCGCACAAACGAUCGUGAAUCUGCUGGCGGACUUUCGGCACUUUAGCUACACCAUUCCGACCGUACGCGGUAUGGUGAUCCACAUAGAGGAUCGCAAAACGCGGAUACUGAUACCACGGAACCGUUACGAGAAGAUAGUGAAGGUCGUCGAUGGCUCGAGCGAACAGUUGAUGGCGAUGGCGGGCAACUUUAGUAAGGUGGCCGAUGGGCAUCUCGUGUGCAUACAGAACACGGAAUCGGGAUGCCCGGAAGCGACACAGUAUUCGACGCAGGCGAUCAACAUCGAGGGCAAACCACGCAAGGUAACCGGGGCGAGCUUUCUCGUACUGAAUGGAUCGCUCAAGCCCAACUCGGGUCUGCUGGGGAAGUGUAAUAUCGUGGAGGAUGGUCUGAUGGUACUGAUACCGGCGGUUAAGCUUCAGCUCGUGAAGGAAGCGUUGAAGGAGAUGAAAGACUACCGGAUCGUGUGUGGAUCGAGCGAUGGAGACGAUAGCCAAAGUGAGGUAGUGUCGAUCGAGUGGACUUCAAAUGAUUUAAACUUUAACAUCGGUGUCACUUCACCGAUCGAUCGCAAACCGUUCGACGGUGUACCGAGCAUUCGGGUUAACCGGGGUACGGAUUACUCGAAUGCCAAUCACAUCAUUCGAUGGACGGAGGUGUUUAUCGUGAAGGGUGACGAAGAAUCGAAUCUACCGGGUGAUCCUAUCAAUAUGUCGAAACUCUCGGAAACGCUCGCCAAGACGGCCUGCAUUGCGUUGGUCGCGUUCCUCGAUCUGUUGGCAUCGAGCGGUCACAGUAAGAUCGGUCUAAGGGUCAGUGCGAAUCCUAAUGAGAUGUCAUUUCUGGCCGGCAGUGGAGGCAACAAGCUGGCACCACUCUACUCGAACGCUCUCGGGCAGGAAGUCAUCACAACGCUGAAGCAUCUUGUCACCGCCUUGCAGCUAGACCAGCACGAUAUAGUUAUCGAGCUGAUUUUCCACAUUCUUGACAAAUAGAGGACGAAUCGCGAAUAUCUCUUAACAAAACUAAACCUUCUAAAUGGCAUUCACACCAAAAACGAUCGCGAACGCAAGGCAAAGCGGAACAAAGGAAUCUGUCUGUUAAAAUUUGUUCGGUUAUUCCUAGUUGCCGUACAGUGGAGCCCGAUCGGAACAGGGUUUUGUUGGCGUCUGGUUUUGUUACGGGAAGGGUGUGAUAAGAGCGAGCGAGACAAGGUGCAUGGACAGGACAAGAGAGAGACUGCUGUUAAGAAACAGAAACCAAUUAACAAAAAUUGCUGGCCAGUACCGAGAGAGGCAGCUUUUAGGUUAUGAAUGAACGGGAUUGCUAAGCAACCCAUUUCCAUGGUGGCUUUGAGUAGUCGUGUUGAAUGAACGUACACACCAGAUCCAGCAUACCGUGAGUUAUAUAGGAGUUUAAAGAGUAUACAUAAAUAUAGAUAUACAUAUACAUAUACACCUACACAUAUUAUAUAUAUAUUUCUGACAUAUAUAUAUAGUUAAAAUUAUUAAAUUGUAAAGGGAGCUGGUGAUCGCACCUUUAUUAUGCCGCUAUGCAGUGGAUAGCACCGAAGGAUAUUUAUAUUUGGUUUGGAUGUUUUAACCUUUAGAAGAAGAGAAUAUGAAGCGGAAGCAGGCCGGUUCGGAAGCAAAUCUGCGUAUUGCUAUAGUAAGUUGAUAAGCCUCCCCUCCCCCAUAACAGUUGCAAAAUUACACAAGCGAAUAUACCUACGCAUACCCAAU